CGUCCAAUCGACACGGCUCAUAUAAACAUAAGCAAAAGCUGCAUGCUUAUGAAUUAGAACUGGGUCUGUAUGCCAAGGAGGAGCAAUCCUCUCCCAUGCUUGUGUUUUGAAACAGUCGUUGUCUACUCCUAUUUUUUCGUACCCUCAUCAUGCUGUGAUUAGGACUGAAUCUCAGUCAUUUCUCAGUUCACAUGCAUGUGGCUGCAGUGCUGGAGCAGAAAACAUGGUUGUAAGACUGGCACAUGGUGAAUGCCGGAAAUAUAUCAUCUUCUCCUGACCGUGACAAUAAGAUUUAAAGCUGUCCCGUUAUAUAUAUACUGAAGGUGGAAAUGAUGAAACAGGAUGAAUUAAAAUCCCGCACAAUGCAGGAGCUGCGUGAGAGGCUCCAGCCGGAGGUGGCCGAGCUGAUCAAGCAGCAGAGGCUGAACCGGCUGUGCGAUGGCGCCUGCUUCAGGAAGGUCAGCGCUCGGCGCAGGCAAGAUAAGUUUUUGUAUUGUCGGCUGUCUCCUAAUCACAAAGUGCUACAUUAUGGGGAUGUAGAGGAUUUGUCACAGGGACAAAUCCCCCAUGAAUCUCUACAAGAGAAAUUAACAGUAGCAGAUAUCAAGACUGUAAUAACUGGGAAAGAUUGUCCUCAUGUGAAGGAGAAAGGAGCUCUAAAGCAAAAUAAGGAGGUGCCUGAGCUUGCUUUCUCCAUUUUAUAUGAAUCUGAUGAAUAUUUGAACUUCAUUGCUCCAGACAAGUAUGAGUACUGCAUCUGGACAGAUGGCUUGAAUGCUCUAUUGGGAAAAGAGAUGACAAGCGAGCUCACCAAGUCAGAUAUGGACACGCUGGUUACCAUGGAGAUUAAGCUCCGCCUCUUAGACCUUGAGAAUGUCCAGAUUCCUGACGUUCCGCCCCCUAUACCCAAAGAACCCAAAGAUUAUGACUUUGUUUAUGAUUACAGCCAACACUCUUAAGAGCACAGCACACUGCAGCACAGACUUUGGACUGUAAUAUAUUUACUCUUGAUUCUCUGACUGAUAUACAGUACAGGCCAGGACAAAAUAAAGUGACUCCAUUUCCUAGAAAAUUGAAAAGGUAUUUUAAUCAAAGCAUUUGAAAGAGACAGUGUCACUGAUGCACAAACAUUCUCAUAUGGAAUCUCCUGCUUUCCAAUACAGCUUAAUACUGAUUCAUCAAUUUCCCCCAUCUUAAGGGCUGUAAUAACUCUAUCAGCCUGAGCGAUGUUUGUUAGAUCAGCCUGCUAGGGCCAAAGGGAUUAAACAAAUUGAACUAUUGACUUCAGGGACAGAAUUUCCCAGAUGUAGCUAUUUUGUAGCUAAGUAGAAACAGCAAUAAAUGCUAAAUGCAGUAAAUUCCCAGAUGAAAAACGAUCACUACACUAAACACACCGUCUUUUGUGCCGCGGCCACUGGUGUGAAAUAUCCGACAUAAUUCUUGAAUCAGGACACAAAGUUGAACAGAGUAUGUUAAAGCUGUAUUGAAAUGCAGGGUGUGACGUAAUUGCCAAUACCAUUUCUUUGCAUAGUAAGAAGUACCGAUUUUGUCGACCGCUCACAAAACAUCUGAUGCAGCUGUUUUUAAUAUUCAUGUUGUAAUAAAACUUAAUAUAUAUGUAUAUA